AUGGCUGAGUGCGUGUGCGUGUGCGGAGAGUUGACGGUAGCCGUGGCCGUGGCCUGCCAGCAUCCCAAACGGGAAGGGCCCCAUGCAGCAUCCGGCACCGAGCGCUGUCACUUGGAGCUCUUGGAGUGCCACGGCGAGCGUCUUCUGGAACCGGCGCCCAAGAAAAAGGCCCUCAGUGCACAACAUGUGCGUAUCCACCGCGCUGCAAGGCAUCAUGCUAGUGCCAGGCCAGCUCACCAUGCAGCAGUAGUCAGAACACCCGCCGUUGCCCUCCGCGCCGCCGCCCGUGAUAGCACGGCCAGGCGCUGGCUUGCCUGCCGGGGACAUGCACCGAGGGCCGGCGCAGCGUCGUCGUCGUCGUCGUCGUCGUCUUGCGUGUGGUGUUCUGGUCCUGUCGGUAUUCACAGGGCCGUCGUGCCAGAGCGGCCAGGGCAGGUGGAGAGGCGGAGCGGUUCGCACCUGCUGGCUUGGCAUGGCAUGACAUGCAUAGGGUGGCGAAAACGGCAGGAAUCGCCAGUCACAUGGCAGCAGCGACAUAACGGGUACCUGCUUGCCCAAGGGCUGUGUGUGCGCGAUGCCAAUGCUGUGCCAUCAUCACGCAAACGCCUGCCGCCGCCGCCGUCGAGCAAAGAGCGCCUACCUACCUGCCUACCAUGA